CAAAUUUCGAGUGGAAAAUAAUCAUUGUGUAACGUUUUUAAUUACAUGUCAGAAGAUUGGGCGGCUUCAGGUCGCUCAUGUUUUUCACCGGUUGGAUUGAAAAGUUACCAGUGGAAAGACCUGGAAUUUUCGGCCACCAGCCGCUGAGCUACAAAUUUUUGUUAUGUAGUUGAACCAGUCAUGACGUGAACUGAAGAAGAACUAGCUCGAGACUUCGUUUUCUUUUACUACGAAGAGUUUGGCUUUGAUGUCAAGUUGAGCCACCGACGAAACGUCAGCUUUCAAGGUUAGUUCUUCAAUUUCUAUUAGUUGAUAAAAUUGGUUCAAAUAUGUUAGAGAUUAAAAAUUAGGUUUUUUGUCUUACCUUAAUUGCUGAUAAAUGUGUAUCCAUGGGCAAAUUGUUGUGUCACUGAAGUUAAAUUUCAGUUCUCAUAUGCAAAGUUUGAAAAUCACAGGAUAGAGGUGGUGAAAAUGCCUCUCUUUGUUAACAUCAUCUUGCACAUUCAAUUAUGUAAAAAACUACUGUAAUUUUGCUGUCAAAUAUGAGCUAAUGUUGCAUGUCUUUCAUCCAAGAGUUGGGCAAUUUUUUUAUUUAGUUUUCGGACUCAAAUUUAUAAUCACAUAUUCCCUAUCAAAGGUCGGAAAUGGUUGUUGUCAUUGGGAGCUGCUCCUGCCAGUAUAUUGAUAGCGUAGUUCAACUUAAUUAUCAUUUAGGAUUGUAUUGGUUAUAAAUCACAAAUGUUAUCCCACAAAGCCAGAGGCUUCUUCUAAACACUACCAGACUUCUUUGUUCUUGUUCAACUGUUAAUUCACUUCCUCACUCCUGUGACAUUCCUUGCUUGAAAGAACGGCAAUGUUUGGAGUCGUUUUCCCAAACCGAAGCUUCCUUAUGAACGUCUCUACCUUCUCCCAAAUUGACACGUUCCACUGGAUACUCGACAUGAACACUUUUGUAGGCGAGGCAUAUGAUUAAGUCCAAGAAAUCUGUGUAUUCCUCUUAAACAACUUUACUCUACCCUCUGAUAAAGCUUUAGCUGUAUACAUUCAGUCACCUGGAUCACCGUUUGUAUUUUGUGGUCCUGUUACGUUGGCUCUCCCCUCAGCUGUGCUGUCACUGCCGUGGCCAGAGCCUGGGGGACAGAUGCAGCUUACUGCACCAGAUUCCACUCCUCUAUCAGGGAAAAUUGGGGUUUCUGUUGAACAUUUAGCCUCACUGCCAUCAUUGGAUGUGGUGGCCGAGAAGAGGAUUGAACGCCUGGCUAUGAAAGUUGGGGAGAACUUGUUUAACUUUAUGCAGUCGUUUUGUGGCGUUGAUGGCUCCAAAUUGAUUGUUCCUAUGGACAUUUUGGAUCGCUGGUUUAACAAGUUUCAAGAAAAGGCUAAGCGCGACCCUGAGUAUCUUAAAGGCAAGGUUGUGGAACGACAGGAAAACGAUGAGUUUAACGGUAGUAUUGCUGACGACUUCGAGUUUGUUUCUGAUGGAGGGGUGGGAUCUGAUGGGCGUGAAAUGUUCGUGGAUGGGCAGAUCCGUCAGGUUUUUCCGGUGUUUAAUCGUGCGCUUUUGUUGAAUGAAGAAGACGGGUUUGAUUACAGUCCAAGGAAGCGGCAGGUUUCGUUGAAGAAUCUGUUGGUUGAAGAAGGAAGAGAAGGUCCACCACCACCACCACCGUCGUCUUCGAAGGAGGAGGAUGAACUGGAGGCAGUACCGGAGAAAAUCUACUGUGUUUGGUCACCGAAAAGAAACAGGGUUGCAGCAUCGCCUAAUAGAAGCAAUUCCAUGGGUUCAACGUCGUCGUUUGGAGGGUGGUUUAAGUUUCCUCGUUUGCUCAGAAGAAGCAACAGUGAAGGUGGUCACAAAGAUUCCUUCCUCUUUCUUCAAAAAAGGAAGACGAAUGCAGAUUCCACAACUCGGAAACAACUGGGCUCAAAACAAGCUAAGGUCAAAGGAUGUGGUGAUAACAAAGUCAAAUUAUCAGCAGUGCAUCAAGCGAAAUUAUCGCCUUCACGAGAAGUAUUUUUGAUGAAGAAGAGCAAACCCAUAAAAGAAGUUCAUGACAAGAAGAGAUCAUCGUGUAAACAAGAUUUAAUUGGGUUUUUUGUGAAUAAUGUGAGCAGUUUAGGCAAAACUAUUGCUCCAUUUUAAUCAACAUUUGACGCAGCGAUUUUGGUGAAUAAAAGACUUAUAUGUAUUUCUAAGGUAUAAAA